CCGGAUAUGGGCGGCGCGGAGGAGUUGAUGAAGUCGUCGACUUGGAGGGAGACGAAGAAGAGGAAACCCUAAUAAGUGGGAGGUCGAUCUGCAUCAUCGGCAAUGGCGACGGCGACGGUGGCGGUCGCGGCAACUUGUUCGAGUUCACUGCUUCUUCCCAGACGCAAAGUUAGUUCCAAACUUUCCUUCUUUCCUCGUCGUCGUCUCUGAACAAUGAUAUGCAGAUCUGGAAAACUUAUGACAUUCAUUGGCUGUCUCCUUAUUCCAAAUUUCACUUCAGCCAGAAACAUGCAAGGGGUUCGUUCAUGAAAUUGCAAGCUUCUGGUGAUUUUGCAGACCCAAAGAAAGCUAGUAUCCAUCUCCAUAGGUUAGCAGAUAAACUGCUGGAGGUCUUUCCUAAGCCAUUGAAAGAAUUUCCUUGGGAGGAAGCCAAAAAAGUUGUUCUUCAUCAAUUAGUCUUUCUCGGAAAAACAGCUCUUAAGUGGUCCUUCAUUGUGUUGUGUGCUCUAAGCUUUUUAUCAGACAUAUCUCUUUCUAUCUCAUGUGAUUUAGAGCUUCUAAUACCAGUCGGUCUCUUCAUUGGUGUGUCACUAGCAGAAUUCUUAAAAGAAUCCCUGCAAGAGUUUUUCAAGACUACUGCAAAGAAUGGGGAUUUCGAUAAGCAUCUUCUUGGCAUUGGAUCACUUUUUGUGCUCGUUAAGUGCAUUUCUUUGUGCUUCCAAAUGCAAGGGAGGUUGUUUCUUUCUCAUGCUGGUAAUGGUGGGCUGAUGCAAGUUCUUUGGCUUGCACGAAGGUUACGGCAGACAGAUGAUCUCCAGAAUCAAAACACCCAAUCAACCAACAUCCCCAGUUCUAGCGGUUAAUGACUGUCUUAUAAAAUAUCAACAGUUUACCAUUCAUGAUUAAUUGAAAGAAUGUGUUAAUCGGGAUCUAUUCAUAGUGACUUUUCCUGCAUAGCAAAUAUACUCGUAGUAAAUGGAUGUUGCAUAUAA